AUGGAAGUUUACGUCUUCAUAUUUGCACGCCUGCACGAAUUUGACAUUGAACGGGAGGUGCUACACUCAAUUGUCCUUCCGGCUUGCAAGAAGGUCCUUCUAAAAAACCAUUACGUUGCACUCAAUGUGAUCGAUGCAGCUGAAGAUGCGGCAGCCUGUGACUUACCCCCCGCCGACUACUUCGCCUGGAUGAGUUACCUAGCCAGCCAUGAUUGCCUAUGCAUUCCAAUCGUACAUCUGCCUGUUGAGGGUAACGAAAUUGACGGGUCAGCUCCACCGACUACUCUUCCGCGAAAACUCUACGAUUCCCUUAUGCGCCAACUGCAGUCCGUCAGGGAUCCCCUGCAGGCAGUUUACGCGCUUGAUUCUGCUACGGAGGCCUACCGUCUUGACAUGGUGCGUAGGUCUAUACUUGUGUGCCUCAUUGUUAGCUAG